AUGAUGGCGGCGGUGGGGCGUCCCGCGUUGUUUGUGGUGGCCGUCGUGCUGUGCUGCGUGUGUGGCUGUGCAGCGGCCCCUGAUGUGAGUGUCAGUGCGCAGAGGAAGGAAGCAGAGGUGCAUUUCCUGAAUGUGGAGAAGAAAAAAGCUGUGUUGACUUACCUGAAUGAGGCAAAGAAGAAGGCGCUAAAGGUUCAGGAGGCGGUGAAGGAGGCCAGGAAUGAGGUGGACGGUAUCAAGAAUUCAAAGGAGCAAUUGACGGCUGAGGUCAAGAAGGCCUCAGUAGCUGCAGUGGAGCUAAAUAAAAAAAUGAAGGGGUAUGAAAAACUUAAACGGGAGAAUAUUGCAGAUGUGGUUCUUUCGUUAGGUGAAGUUGUGCCGAAGUUUGAAAAGGCUUCUAACUUGUCGAAUGCCUUGCUGAUGGGGGUGGCAAAGAUAUUGAGUAAAGCGACGGAAGCAGAGAAGUGGGCCCUGGAGUCGGAGCUAGCGUCUAGCAAUGCAGCAAUUAAAGCCAACACAAACGUCGCGGCCCUUGCAGAGGAGGCAUCAGAGAAAGCAGGAGAGGUAAAGAAGUUGUUGGCGCAGGCUCAGGCCGGCGACCAAUCGGCAAGGGUCAAUGGUGCGUGGAAAGAGUACUCGCGGUAUGCAGCGGAAAAGGCUAAAGAAGCGUUGAAAUAUGCAAAGCAAAAGAAUGGAGUCCUUUGGAAUGGAUGGAGUGACCAGGAUAAGCUAAACGAUUUUGUUGACCAUGCACAGCAGUCGGCGGAGAAGGCAGUGGAGGGCGCGACGAAGGAUUUAAAUGCCGCCAACAAGGUACUUGAACUGGUUGAACGAGCUGCAAAGAGUUUCGAGUUGUGGCUGAACAAGAUAGACAUUGCAUUGGACGCUGUAGCAAACCCUAAGACUGAGUCAAAUCCUUUAUCUACAUCUGGCAAGCCUUCCCGACUUCCAGUGCCGGCGCCAGAAGCAUCACACGGUCAUGCUUCCCACCAUGGUGAGCCGAGAAGUACUGUGCCUGUUAUCAAUCCGUCAGAAAAGCAGCAAACUGACUCAGUUGCUGGAUCAACUCCUGUCUCUGGCCGUCCAGAGCCUCAGAGGCCACUCAGUGAUGCCCCAGACACUCCUAAGGAGGAGCUGCACGCAAUCCCUGCGACGACAGUGAGCAGCGUCUCCCGAAGUGGCACGGGCGCGACAGAAACCUCCUCAGGGACCGCUCAGGGUCCCAAUGCCGCAGACAGCGGUGAAGAAACUGAAGCUACUGGUAUUAACGCCCCUGAGAGCAAUGCACACAACACCCUGCAGGAUAUUAUGAGUGCGGACAGCAGCGUGAGUCCUUCGUGGGUGCGUACACCGUUGCUGGUGGUGGUUGGUGGGAUGGGCCUCCUUGCUGUCUGCUGA